CUGAGGUGUAUAUUGCGUACACCUAAACUCCAAAGUCCUGCUCUGUUGAAUUCUACUAUAUAGUGUCUGGCUUUGCAAAUGUUUAAGUUUAAAAAGAAUUGUCAGUGUUUGGUUUACAUGAAAUGACAGCUUUGGACUUUGACGAUGGUUUAGUUGGAAGCGAAGCUACAGGCGGCUUUACUGACAAAUAUGAAGCUAAAGAAGUUCUUGGAUCGGGAGUUUCCAGUGUGGUACGCAGRUGUCUUCAUCGUUUGUCAGGUGGUGAAUUUGCUGUCAAGAUAAUUGACAAACUCAGUGAUCAGGGGGGUGUUGAUAUCGUUGAUACAACUAAAGAUGAGGUGGAUAUUUUAUUAACAAUACAUGGACACCGAAGCAUUAUUGAACUGGUUGAUGUGUUUGAAUCAUCAGCUUUCUUCUUCUUGGUGUUUGAAUUCGCAAGUCAUGGUGAACUUUUUGAUUACCUGACUCAGGAAGUCACUUUAUCAGAGAAGAAAGCCAGGAAAAUCAUGAGGCAAAUUCUUGAGGCAGUUUCAUUUAUGCAUGAACAGAGAAUAGUGCACAGAGAUCUGAAGCCUGAAAACAUACUACUAGACAGCGAUUUAAAUGUUAAGAUAUCUGACUUUGGAUUUGCUGUGAAGUCCAACGAAGACGAAUUACUUAAAGAACUGUGUGGAACACCUGGCUAUUUGGCUCCAGAGGUCUUACAGUGUUCAAUGUUCCCUGAUGCACCUGGGUAUAACAGAGAAGUCGACAUGUGGGCUUGUGGUGUUAUUCUCUAUACAUUGCUUUGUGGGUUUCCACCAUUUUGGCAUCGUCGUCAAGUUGUUAUGAUUAGGAGUAUUAUGCAAGGCAAAUACCAGUUUAACAGCCCUGAUUGGGAUGAAAUAUCACGUAAUGCUAAGGACCUGAUUUCCAAGUUGUUAGUGGUUAAUCCUCAAAAAAGAAUUACAGCUGACGAAGCCCUUGAACACGCAUGGUUUGCUGAAGCUCAGUCUCAAAAAACAGAGAAAUUCUGUGCAAGAUGGAAGUUUAAGGUAAAGUAGAGUAAAAACCCUAAAAUUGUGAAAAAGUACUAGACCAACUUGUGAAAUUGCAACAUUUGAUAUUAGUGUAGAUGAAAAUAGAAAACAAAUAGACCCAAUUGGCUAAUUGGCAUGGCCUAAUGUGUUGCCAUGUAUGUUACCACCUAAUUCAAAUCCUGUGGGAAAAAUAACUUUYGUUUCUAAGAAUAUAACUAUGAAAAUGAAAAUACAGCAAACAAUGAAACUUGAAACAUUUAUAGCAAUGUGUUAGCUGAUUAGGUUUAUUAAAGGAAAUUGCAUAAUU